CGCUUCUUAACCCGUCAUCAACCAGAUACAAUAAAUCCCAGCUGAGUCGGAUUUAUCCCAAAGGAACCAGAGUGGACUCGUCCAACUUCAUGCCGCAGCUUUUCUGGAACAGCGGCUGUCAACUGGUGGCUCUCAAUUAUCAAACCGUAGAUCUGUCCAUGCAGUUGAACCUCUUCAUGUUUGAGUACAACGGUCGCAGCGGCUACCGGCUGAAGCCCGAGUUCAUGCGGCGGCCGGACAAACACUUUGACCCUUUCACGGAGAACACGGUGGACGGUAUCGUAGCCAACACGCUCUCCGUCAAGGUGAUCUCGGGCCAAUUCCUCACCGAGCGCAGGGUGGGCGUCUACGUGGAAGUGGAGAUGUUUGGGCUUCCUGCUGACACCAGGAGGAAAGCUCUGAAGACCAAAACCUCGCCCAACAACAAUGCCGUCAACCCGGUGUGGGAUGAGGAACCCGUCGUCUUCAAGAAG